CGCUUGCAGGAAGUGAUUAAAAAUGGGUUCAAUAUAAAGGUUUAGAGAAUAACAUCUGAUCUUGCCCUGGCUAUGCUGACCUGGUUGCACCGUGACAGUCGCUUGACUCUGAGGUGCAGAAUGAGAAGUUGGAUGAAAUAACAUGCAGAUGUUGCACAGAUUGAAUACAUACAAAUGCAACCACUGGCACAAGCACAUGUGAACUGCCCUCCUGUAUUCUGUGUGUAGUAAGAAGGAUCAUGGCCCCACAUGGAAAGAAAGACGCUACGUCUGAGCAACAAAAGGGCAAUGUUCGCACUCUGGUCUUAAUGGUAACUUCUGCUGCAGUAGGGGGAACAUUACAAUAUGGAUACAACCUCGCCAUUAUGAACGCACCCACUGUUUAUAUUCAGAACUUUGUAAAUCAGACAUUUCAGACACGCUGGGGGAUACAAUUACAGGCAUAUCAGGUUACAGUGAUCUGGACACUCAUAGUGUCAAUCUUCUCAUUGGGUGGCCUUACAGGGGCUCUAUUAGCUGGACCCAUGUCCAUCCACUUUGGGAGGAAGAAAACUAUGCUGCUGAGCAAUGUUUUUCUAAUGUCGGGUGCACUUUUGGCUGUGACAAGCCGAAAAGCACAGUCUUUUGAGAUGAUCAUCAUCUCCAGAUAUCUGGUUGGCAUCAAUGUGGGGGUUAGCAUGAAUGUGCAGCCAAUGUAUUUUGGAGAAAGUGCACCAAAACACUUACGUGGUGCUGUGGCCCUGUCCUGUUCUGUUUUCACCUCCUUUGGGUUGGUGCUAGGACAAGUGGUAGGUUUGAGAGAGGUGUUGGGUUGUGAAUCAUGUUGGCAGUAUUUGUUAUCCAGUAAUGCCGUGCCAGGCUUUAUUCAGCUUCUCACACUACCCUGGUUCCCAGAAAGUCCUCGAUACCUUCUCAUUGAUUGUGGUGACAAAGAUGCCUGCUUAAAGGCGCUGCGGAGGUUGCGAGGCUGUGAGGUGCAGAAAGAGGAGUUGGAUGAGAUGCUGCAAGAGCAGGCUGAAUCUGAGGGCAGGCGAGCUCAGCGUCCCUGGGAGCUCUUCAGUGACCGUACUGUUCGCUGGCAACUCAUCUCUGUCGCAGUUAUAAGUAGCGCCAUGCAGUUGUGUGGUAAUGACUCAAUCUACUUCUAUGCCUCUUACAUAUUCCAAGAGGCAGGCAUAUCAAUUGAACAUACCCAGUAUGCAACCAUUGGCACUGGCACAUGUGAAUUCACUGCCUGUAUUCUGUCUAACCUAUUAAUAGAACGGAUGGGCAGAAGACUGCUUUUAAUGGGAGGCUAUGUGCUUAUGACUGGCUGGGCAAUAGUCUUCACUGUGGCUCUUUCAUUUCAGAAUGUAGUAAACUGGAUGCCUUACCUGAGCAUGGCCUGUGUGUUCACAUAUAUUCUUAGUUUUGGAAUUGGACCAGCGGGAGUGACAGGAAUUCUCCCUACGGAGAUUUUUAACCAGCCAGCUCGCCCUGCUGCCUACAUGAUUGCUGGUUCUCUAAUGUGGCUUAAUCUCUUCAUUAUUGGAAUGAUAUUCCCAUUCAUUGUGAAUGGAUUAGGUGAGUUCUGCUUUGUGCCAUUUGGCAUUGUGUGUCUUCUUACUGCUCUCUAUAUUGGACUGGUUUUGCCUGAGACCAAAGGAAAAACAUUACCCAUGAUCACAAGCGAAUUCCACAGGCUUAACUUCUACACAAAAGAGAUGACGGGUCCAAAGUGCAAAGAUGUAAAUUACCAACUAGGUGAAGUUCACCACUCAACUGCCCUCUAAGCUGCUUAUUUGUACAUUUGGAAUUCCUGUAAACUUAAGAAUCCAGGAGUGCUCUGUUCUUAAGGGAGAGUUCAGAGGGUUUUUCCAAAUAUAUUCAGACAUUUUAUUGUGAGACCAUUUAUUCACAUUUUGUUUUGGUAUACAAUAUGUAGAUUCAAAUUUUUGUAAUCAUUAUAAAGUUCUUGCUCUCUGGACAGCAAAUGGAACAGAUAAGGUCACAGCUUGUCUAAAAAAAAAAAAAAAAAAAAGAAAAUAUUGGUGUACUCUCACAAUAAACCAUCUUGGAAACUUUAGCUUUAUUAUUUUACUAUGUACUGAGUAGAAUUUGCUUUUGCCAAUUUGGUUUGAAGUAAAUGUACUAGAUACACUAGAUUAUGAAUACACUGACCAGUCACUUUAACAGGAAUGCCUGUAAACAUGCUAAUUUCUGCAGUUUUUCAAUUACCCAAUUAGGUGGGAGCAUAAUAAUAAUAAUAAUAAUAAUAAUAAUAAAAAUAACAUGCAAAUACAGGGUUAAGCGCUUCAGGUGACAUCCGCAUAAAACAUCAGAAUAGGGAAAAUGACUGACUGUAAUAUAAGAGGUCAAGGGAAAAUGGCUAGACUGGUUUGAGUUGACAGAAAGACUAAGUAACUCUAAAAACAACUUUACCAUUGUGGUUAGCAGAAAUAACGUCUUUGUUCUGAGGUAUGGUUGGCAUAUCAGAACAAAGAUGUCAAAUUUUGAGGCUACAACAGCACACCACCAUGUCAGGUUUAACUUGUGUUUUCCCUUCCAUCAUUAAGAACAUAUAUCUAAGUGAGUGCUGUGGGCACAACUGACAGUUGAAAAACAGCAUGAAAUUAUGAAUCUGAGCAGUUGCUGAAGCAUACAGAUGAUGGGGUCAGAAUAUAGCAAAUUAGCAUUAGUCCAUGGACCCAGUCUGCUUUGUAUAAACAGUCCAGACUGAUAGAGGUGGUAUAUUGAUGUGGGAAAUAUUUUCUUGGAACACAUUGGGCCUGUUCAUUCUAGCCAGUCACCCUUAAUGACUAUAGUAUAUAGUAAUAUUGUUGACCAUGUGAAUCCCACUAAUUCCACCCACUCAUAAAAGAAAUGUUUCAUAAACAUGGAGUGUUUUUUGGCCUUCCCACCAAUUGAAAGAGAUCUGGGAAAGAAUCCAGGAGGUUGCAUCCAAUUUCCAUAAUGGGGUGCAUAUAAAUAGUUAGCUGCACUUGGUGAGGCAGAGGUUACUUUGUUUAUAUUCCUCUUCCUCUUUUCAAUUAUGACUCCUACAUUCACCCCAAGCUAUUCAUCAUGUCUCUUCAGCAAGGGCACCGAGAUUUAGAGAUUAAUCUUAUGGGUCAUGGAAAAACCCAUGCUUUAGUUAUUUUCCUGUUACUUAUCAGUGAUCAUUAAAGAAGGAAAAACAUGAUUGGUGACACAAGUGGGCCCUUUAAAAAUGAAAUAAAAUUACAAAUCAUUGUCCCAAAUACAAUUUUAUUUUAUACUUAUCUCUGUAGCAAAUAAACAGAGACACAAAACAGUGUACAAAAACAAAAACCAUCAAUAGAAAAGUAUGCCUAUAUCCAAAAAAAUUAAAGAAAUCCUUGACUGAAAUUGCAAAGAAACUUUUUUUUUGUUAGAGAACAAAGAGAGAAUAACAAACAUACAUACAAAUGUACAUUUUCUUUCUAUGUGCAUGUCCAUAUACAAAAGUGUCGAUGCAAAUCACUUUAUGUACAUGGUUAUUCUUAAGAUGGUCCUUUUAAUGACAGAUUUUCCUACCCAUUCACAAUCAGUAUUGGGAAGGCACUUUGCAACAUACGGUUAUAUGAAAAAAAAAUAAGCAAAAUACAAAUAAAACUGUUUUAAAAAAAUUCCAGUGAUACAAUGUGCCACUAAAGAUGAAACGGCUUAUCAGUAUUUUAAUCACAGAACCUUCCCAAGCAGCCAUGCCAAUCUUUCACAUGAAUAAAAGUUAAAUGCACAGAUUAGUGUGCAGGGGUGAUUCAUUCUAGACAGUGAGGUGGAUUUGGUGGGUCUGCUGGGAGAGUCAAAUGUCAUUAUGAAAUGACUCCUGUAUAGUUGCAUACUUCCUUUUUCACACUUGAGGCCCUGACAAGAAUGCAUUUUAAACAUGAAUUAAAAGGAAAAAUAUAAAUAUGACUGAUCUACCAUGAAGAAUCUUACACAAAGUCUGAGCUGCUGUGGGCUGAAGUGGAUUACUUCAUUUGAAUAACUUUCACACACAACUUAAUUAUUUAUGCAAUACAAUAAAUAAAUGAAAAAUAAAAUUGAUUGCCAAAUCAAAUGCACAUGAGCUUUUACUCCAAAGUGUAAACACGUCAGAGCUCUUAUACGUGCUUAGAAAAACAGGUUUUGUUGUUUAAUUCGCUUCCAUAAAAGUUUUACUUUGAACCUGGUCUGGUAGGGGAAAAUUUUCUGUUCCGUUAUCUAUGGUUUUCUCCACAGACAAACCUUCAAAGUUCUAAGAGUGUAAGCAAAUAAAGCAGGCCUCUUACAGGCAUAUCUCGUUACAAAAAAAACAAAAAAAACCCUUUUUUAAUACAUCACUGCCCAGUCGCAUUUGCUCAGAGUAGUUAAUUUCUUAGUCUAAACUAUCAAAAACAACAAUAAAUAAAACCAAAAAAAGAAAGAAAAUAAAGCAGAAAUUUAGAUCUGACACACUGAUGGCAUAUUAAUGCCACAAAAAAAGUUUAUAUAUGAUCACACCAUUACAGCAUAAUUAAGAAAUUCAAAUGUGAAAUUACUCAAACCAACUGAAUACAACCCAGGCUUUUUGCCUCGAAACAUAUAUUUCUUCACUCAAGCUUCUAUUAAACCGUAAUGGCCAAGGCAAAAAAAAUUAUACACAGAGCCCCCUUACAUAGAAUAAACUUAAUAUUGGCCAUAUACAAGUAUUUCUAUAUACAUAUUUUUUACAUAUGUGGACAUUAUAUA